CACUGCGCGGGUCCCUCCCAGGUGCGGCGCGAGAUUGCGGUGCGCGUGACAGCCCCAGGUGCGGCCUCGCGCGCUGGGCAUAGAGUGUGAGGAGACCGGAAACGGCGGCUGGGCACCGGGGAUUUACCGGAAAUACCGGCGACACCGGAUUACCCUGUCUGGAAUAGAGGAUUAGGAGUGUGCGUCGUACCUGGAAGGAGGAAGCAGCGCGGAGAGCAGACGCAGGCUGCGGGUCCUGCGCAUACUCGCUAUAUUCUCUCAGUACCCCCCGAGGAGGCCGGGGCAUUACUUUGCACAAACAACAUACACUGUGGGGGCAGGAAGACGGGGUCCACAGAGAGGGGCAGCGCAAAGAACCCCCCAAUGCUGCCUGUCACCCCAUGGACAGGCCCUUGUGGAUCUUGUGUGUAGAGCGCCGGCCGCCUGUGACAGUCCAUGUGACCCUCUGACCCGUGUGUGUUGGUACCGCGCGGACCUGCCGUCACCCCUCCCACCGCACGCACCGGAAACAUGGCCGCCGACCCCCCAGCCCGGAGCCUGGACGACAUCGACCUGUCUGCGCUACGGGACCCGGCUGGAAUAUUUGAACUGGUUGAAGUGGUUGGAAAUGGGACCUACGGACAAGUGUAUAAGGGUCGCCAUGUCAAGACAGGCCAGCUGGCAGCUAUUAAAGUCAUGGACGUGACAGAGGAUGAAGAGGAGGAGAUAAAGCAGGAGAUAAACAUGCUGAAGAAGUAUUCCCACCAUCGUAACAUCGCCACCUACUACGGAGCCUUCAUCAAAAAGAGCCCGCCGGGCAACGACGACCAGCUCUGGCUGGUCAUGGAGUUCUGCGGGGCCGGAUCGGUGACGGAUCUGGUGAAAAACACCAAAGGAAACGCCCUGAAGGAGGACUGCAUCGCCUAUAUCUGCCGCGAGAUACUACGGGGCUUGGCUCAUCUCCACAAUCACAAAGUGAUCCACAGAGAUAUCAAAGGGCAGAACGUCCUGCUCACCGAGAACGCCGAGGUCAAACUGGUGGAUUUUGGGGUGAGCGCCCAGCUGGACCGCACGGUGGGGAGGAGGAACACGUUCAUCGGCACCCCCUACUGGAUGGCUCCGGAAGUAAUCGCGUGUGACGAGAAUCCCGAUGCCACGUAUGACUACAGGAGUGAUAUCUGGUCCCUGGGAAUCACAGCCAUUGAGAUGGCCGAAGGAGCCCCCCCUCUCUGCGACAUGCACCCGAUGCGAGCGCUCUUCCUCAUCCCCAGGAACCCGCCGCCAAAGCUGAAAUCCAAGAAGUGGUCCAAGAAGUUCAUCGACUUCAUAGAAACGUGUCUGAUCAAGAACUACGUGAACCGGCCGCCGACCGAGCAGCUCCUCAAAUACCCCUUCAUCAGAGACCAGCCCACCGAGCGGCAGGUCAGGAUCCAGCUCAAAGAUCACAUAGACAGAUCCCGGAAGAAGCGCGGAGAGAAAGAUGAGACUGAAUAUGAAUACAGCGGCAGCGAGGAUGAGGAAGAGAACCACGGAGAAGAGGGGGAGCCCAGCUCCAUCAUGAACGUCCCCGGGGAGUCGACGUUACGGCGCGAGUUCCUGCGGCUGCAGCAGGAGAAUAAGAGCAACUCGGAGGCGCUGAAGCAGCAGCAGAUGGGACCCCAGCAGCGCGACUCCGAGGCCCACAUCAAGCAGCUGCUGCACGAGCGCCAGCGGCGCAUAGAGGAGCAGAAGGAGGAGCGGCGGCGCGUGGAGGAGCAGCAGCGCAGGGAGCGCGAGCAGCGGAAGCAGCAGGAGAAGGAGCAGCUGAGGCGCCGGGAGGACAUCCGCCGGGAGGAAGAGAGGAGGAUGGCAGAGAGGGAGCAGGAAUACAAGCGGAAGCAGCUGGAGGAGCAGCGUCAGUCGGAACGCCUGCAGCGGCAGCUCCAGCAGGAACAUGCGUAUCUCAAAUCCCUCCAACAACAACAGCAGCAGCAACAGCAACAACAACAGGACAAGAAGCCGCUGUACCACUACAACCACGCGGCCCUCAACCCCAGCGAGAAGCCCGCCUGGGCCAGAGAGGUGGAGGAGAGAUCGCGGCUCAACAAGCAGAGCUCACCGCUGUCCGUCACCAAGCUGAGCUCCAUGGAGUCUGCCGGGACCCCGUCGCAGACACCCCCGUCCCAGCGGCCCCCAGAGAUCCAGGAGCACAAGCCUCUCCGCAACACUCCUCAGGCCCGCGGAGCCCUCAAACCCAUCCCCCGACCCAAUUCCCUUCAAGAUCCGCCCGCCGCUCCCCCCGGCGCCCGCCAGCCGGCCGCGCUCGCUCCGGCCUCCCGGGGCCAACUGGCCCGCCAGAGCUCUGACCCCUCUCCCGACCAAGCUGCCCCUCCAGCGCGGCUAGAGCGAGGACCCUGGGUGAAAAUGGACCCAGAGAUGCCCCCUCCCAAGGUUCCUCAAAGAACGACCUCUAUCGCUACAGCGCUGAACGCCAGCGGGUCGGGGGGAAGCCGGCCGGUCCAAGCCGUGAGAGCCAGUAAUCCAGACUUACGGCGAGCAGAGAGCGGAUGGGAGAGGGGAGAUUCCCUUCUGCAAUCCCCUCACCCGAACCUGCCCCAGGCCGGAUCCCUCGAGAGGAACCGCAUAGCUCCACACAAACUGGAAGAAUCGUCUAUCGGUCCCCCGGGCAGUAAGACUCCAGGAGACGAGCAUCGAUCCCGGCCCGGACGCCCAGCGAGUUACAAAAGAGCAAUAGGAGAGGACCACCUUCUGGUGAAGGAUCGUCCUGAAGAUGUCCCCAAGCCCCCCAAGAAGGCUCUGGAUUACUCCUCCUCCAGCGAUGAGAUGGACAGCAGCGAUGAUGAUGAAGAUGAGGGUGACGCGGAGAGGCAGGAGCAGAGCAGGGAGAGCUCUUCUGCCAGAAAUGGGCGCGAUGCGGACACGGACAGCGUCAGCACCAUGGUGGUCCAUGACGUGGAGGAGCUGGUGGGAAGCACAUCCGACAGCUCGUACGGAGACGGGACGAUGAUCGUACAGAGGACCCCAGAAGAGGAGCGCAACCUGCUCCACACAGACAGCAACGGAUACACCAACCUCCCCGACGUGGUGCAGCCGAGCCACUCUCCGACCGACCCCAAGGGGCAGAGCUCGUCCCCCAGCAAGGAGGGCAGCGGCUCCGAUUACCAGUCUCGGGGUCUGGUGAAAGCCCCUCCUAAGACAUCCUUCACCAUGUUUGUGGAUCUCGGCCUGUACCAGUCGUCGGGUGGGAGCGGAGACACCAUCCCCGUGGCAGCUUCCUUUGUGUGCGGGGAUGCGGCCCGCUUGGAGCAGCUGAAGUACGAAGCCCGGAAGGGCUCCGUCGUCAACGUAAAUCCAACCAACACGAGACCGCACAGCGACACUCCCGAGAUCAGGAAGUACAAGAAGAGGUUCAACUCCGAGAUACUGUGCGCUGCCCUGUGGGGCGUGAACCUGCUGGUGGGCACGGAGAACGGUCUGAUGCUGCUGGAUCGAAGCGGGCAGGGGAAGGUGUACAGUCUGAUCACCCGCCGGCGCUUCCAGCAGAUGGACGUCCUGGAAGGGCUUAACCUGCUCAUCACCAUCAGCGGUAAGCGAAACAAACUGCGGGUUUAUUACCUCUCCUGGCUCCGAAACAAAAUCCUCCACAAUGACCCCGAGGUGGAGAAGAAGCAGGGCUGGAGCACGGUAGGCGACAUGGAUGGAUGUGUCCACUACAAAGUAGUGAAGUACGAGCGCAUCAAGUUCCUGGUGAUUGCACUGAAGAACUCGGUGGAGGUUUACGCCUGGGCCCCCAAACCCUACCACAAGUUCAUGGCCUUCAAGUCUUUUACAGAUCUUCCUCAUCGGCCUCAGCUUGUUGACUUGACGGUGGAGGAGGGUCAGAGGUUAAAGGUCAUCUACGGUUCCUCGUCUGGCUUCCACGCCGUGGAUGUGGACUCCGGAAAUAACUACGACAUUUACAUCCCAGUCCAUAUUCAGUGUCAGAUAAACCCGCACGCCAUUAUCUUCCUGCCAAACACGGACGGCAUGGAGAUGCUGCUCUGCUACGAGGACGAGGGGGUCUACGUCAACACGUACGGGAGGAUCAUCAAGGACGUGGUGCUGCAGUGGGGGGAGAUGCCGACCUCCGUGGCCUACAUCUGCUCCAACCAGAUCAUGGGCUGGGGCGAGAAGGCCAUCGAGAUCCGCUCAGUGGAGACGGGGCACUUGGAUGGCGUCUUCAUGCACAAGCGUGCCCAGCGGUUAAAAUUUCUUUGUGAACGUAAUGAUAAGGUGUUUUUUGCCUCUGUUCGUUCUGGUGGCAGUAGUCAGGUCUACUUCAUGACUCUAAAUCGCAGCUGUAUCAUGAACUGGUGAAAGCCGAGCACUUGGAGGACGAGACGGCAAGACGGCUCCCCCGUACACUGGAGUUCCCCUCCCCCGCGCACCGCAGGCCCUGCUCUCUUGUAUAUCGCGCCGGCCAUGAUAAUUUACCCCCAUGCACGCGGCACCUUGCUGCUUUCAUGCGUUGUAAUGUAUUGGGGUGCAAUAUGAGCCCCCCAGAAAUCCUAAUCCUUAAUCGCGCGCCCUCUAUAUUUCCAGGGUUCGGGGAGGGGGUCGUUAACGGGAGAGACGUGAUGCUGGCCCACUUCCUGCCACAAGGCAUUCUGGGUAUGUCGACCCUGUUCCAAUGGAUGGUCCCUACUUCCUGUCAAUCAUACAGAGCUCUCUGUGUGAUUGGAUAGCAGCACAGCCCCCCCCUCUCCUCUCACAUGCACAGAAGCUGAUGCACUUUCCCCAAAAUGCUAACCAUAAAGGCACUUUAAAGGCAAUUACCCUCCCCCCCCGGCCCUCCUCAAUCCAAAGCCGCACGGCCACCUUACCCCCAAAGCCAUCGAUAUGCCCCCCCCCAUAAUACCUGCUCAGCACCCAAAGAGAUGUUCUGCUCC